CUUGAUCAGUAACGCGAAGAUCACCAAACGCGGCCGUCAUGUGGAAACGGCUUGCGUAUAAAUAAAUAAACUUUAAUAAAAUAAAACAAUAAUAAAAAAUAAAAAUAUAAAAAUAAUUUAAAUUGUCAAAUACAAAUGCAAACUAAAUUAAGUAAUACCGAUAACUAUAAAACUAAUUAAAUAACGUUCCAAAUUCAAAAGUACCUACUAUAAUUAACAACGAAUCAUCUUUCAUAUCGCUUCGUUUGUCUUAAUGAAUAAAUAAUUGCUUUGAACAAAAGUAUUUUUAAUUAACAACAAAAAUGCAGUGAAGUAUUAAAGAUAUUUAAAAUUUCCAAACAGUCAUUGCAAGAUUUAAAGAAAAUGCAACAAGAUCACUUGAAAUGACAGUCAUUGACUGUAUUAUUUAAAUAAUUUGAAAAUGCAACAAAAAUAAAUACGAGUAGAAACGACAAUUAUAAAUUAAUAAUUACAAAACGACCAUUAUAAAUUAUAAAACGACAAUUAUAAAUUAAUAGUUAAUAUCUUAAUAAAAAUGGCGCCAGACUCCAAAGAAAGAUAUAGUGAAAAAGAUAUAGAAAUGAGUCACCGUACCGACGUGAAAGAUGCGAAGUGCUACAGUUACGAAGAGGCCUUGGAUCUGACAGGUCACGGCAAGUACAACUAUGGUUUGCUGUUCGCCUGUUUUAUGGUCAUCGUCGCCAUGGGCAUUGACAUCUUCGGCCUCGGCAUCAUAGUCACUGCGGCCACUUGCGACUUGAAGCUGAGCCUGCAGCAGAUUGGAGUGCUAUCGUCUAUGCCUUUUGCUGGUAUAAUUGUCAUGUCCUACCCAUGGGGUUACCUGUCAGACACGAGGGGGAGGAGGUUGGUGCUGCUCUGGGCGAUGGCAGGCAGUUUUGUCAGCGCUGUGCUGAGCAGCUUGUCCCCUAACUGGCAGGUUUUAGCAGCGCUACGGUUUAUUAGUUCUGCUUUAUCAAGUGCUGCGGAGUCUGCAACGUACGCGCUGUUGGGAGAAUGCUGCAACUCGCGGUCUCGUGCCAAGUACAUGCUGCUGAUGACCAGCGCUCUCAUGUUGACGCCCACACUUUACUACGUAUGGGGCUACUUCAUCACCAAACUGAACUUCACCUUCUACAUAAUUGGCAUCGCGUUCCGUCCAUGGCGUCUCCUGACCCUGGUCAUGGCGCUACCUCUGGGCAUCGGUGCUCUACUGCUCUGCUUCUUCAGGGAGAGUCCCAAGUUCCUCGCUCACGUGGGAAGGAAGGAAGAAGCUGUUGCAGCUCUUAAACGGAUGUACGAGGUCAAUGGAGGAGAAGGGGAAUAUCCGGUGAGUGAGCUUAUGGGUGAAGACAGCAAGGAGGAAGUGGGCCAGCUCACGCUGCGCUCGCUGUGGGUGCAGAUUGCGCCGCUGUUCCAGCCGCCGCUCCUCUGGAGGACUCUGCUGCUUUACUAUCUCACUUUCGUGGCAUAUAUCGCGAACAACAGUUUCGCUAUCAUUCUGCCGACGAUCUUCAACGUUUUCUUCACAACAUACGCGAGUAGCAGCGCUGGUUUAGGCUUUUGCGAAGUCUUUGCGAGCAACCCUAACACCACGACUCACGAAGUAGAGGUGGAGUGUACAGGACGAAUUGAGAACAAUACUAUCUGGGCAGGCUGUGCACACGGACUGUCGUUCUUUGUGCUCAACGCUUUGAUCUCACAAUGUGCAGGAAAACGAAAGGCUCUUACCAUAGCAAUUCUCCUGCUAGCAGCCGUGGCAGCCAUCGUUAUAGAUUUAACUGGAGAAGCUUUGUCUGGACUGGUUCUAUUCUACAUCUACCUCACAACUGCAAUGGUCUUUGGGAUUAUUUCCUCAUACUUCGUGACACUCUAUCCAACUUCUUACAGAGGGAUGGUAGCGUGUCUGGGGAUGAUGGUGGCGCGACUGAGCGCGUUCACCGGCACCAACGUGGUGAGCACUGCCAUCACCGACAACUGCGCUGCCACCUUCUACGGCGCCGCUGGACUGGUGAUCAGCGGAGCCAUUGCAGCAUGGUUCUUACCUCCAGACAGCGAAGAAGUUAUUUAGAUCAUAAUCAUCGCUAUUAUCUUGUAAAGUUAGGCGAAUAGUAUUUUAUUGUGGAACAUUAUUUUAAUUAUUAGUAUACAACUAGCGGACCCGGUCAAGCUUCGCUUUGACUUAUGUGCAAUUACUUCUUCCCUAUCGCUACCCUAUCAUGCUACCCUAUCCUACCCCUACCCUUUUUCCCGGUUUAUAACCUCCCUGGGUAUUCUUCAUUUCAAGAUCAAAAUCAGCUCAGAUCAGAGCAGAAUCAGAUAAAUCAGCCCAGUUGUUUUCUAGUUUUAGCAAGACAUACGAACUUUGUCUCGCUAAAAUUAGAAAACAAUUGGUUUUUAUAUAUAUUAUGUACUAGCGAGCUCCCGCGACUUCUUCCGCCUUAGACCUCCUUAAGCCCUCUUGCAAAAUCCGUUCUUAGCAGACAUCUACUUACUGUAUACCAGCUCUCAGCCAAAUUUCUUUGAAUUCUUUUUACAUCCCCCAAUAUUUAUACCAAUAUUAUAAUGCUGAAGAGUUUGUUUGUUUGAUUGAACGCGCUAAUCUCAGGUACCACUGGUCCGAUUUGAAAAAUUCUUUCUGUGUUAGAUAGCCCAUUUAUCGAAAAAAGCUAUAAGCUAUAUAUUAUCCCCGUAUUCCUACGGGAACGGGAACAACGCAGGUGAAACCGCGCGGUGUCAGUUAGUCUUUAAUAAUUGUGAUUUCUAGUUAUUAUUAACUAGCAGACACUCGCUUGAACUCUUUUAAUUGACUAAAAGAAUUCCGUCAUUUUACCGACUUAAUAUUAUAAUCAUUUUAUUAGAUUAAAAAAAAAAAAACUUGGUAAUUUAUGUACUCUCUUGAAUCUUCAUACAUCUUCUCAUGUUAUAUGCCUUCCUCACGAAUCUCUCUAUCUACUGUAUGAAAAUUAGUUCAAUAGUUUUCAAGUUUAUCGUGGACAAAUAAU